AUGGAUAAUUGGUUUACAUCGAUACCUUUCGCAGAUAAUCUUUUAAAGAGCCCACUUAAUUUAUCAAUUGUGGGAACUGUAAGAAAAAAUAAAAAGGAAAUUCCUCCAGAACUUUUACAGUCGCGUUCUAGAAGUGUCGGAACAGGAAUGUAUUGUUUUGACCAAGCCAAAAUUGUACUGUCCUACAAAACAAAGCCAAAUAUGAGUGUUAUCCUGCUUUCUACAUUCCAUGAAAAACCAUAUGUAAAUAAAGAAAGUAAAAAACCUGAAAUAAUAGAAUUCGAUAAUUCCACAAAAGGAGCUGUUGACACAUUGGACCAGAUGUGUAGCAACAUGUCAUGCAGCAGGAAGACACGUCGAUGGCCUCUUUGUGUAUUUUACGAUAUUAUUAAUAUCAGUUUAGUAAAUUCACAUGUUUUAUAUGGCCACAACAUGACUAGAAAAUCGGAAAAAGUGAUGUCCAGAAAAAAGUUUGCAGUAAAGUUAAGUGAAGAUCUUCUUGCUCCAUGGAUGAAGAAGCGUUUAGAUGUGCCUGCUUUACCUCGUUCUACAAGAACAAUUAUUAGCGAACUUUUAAAAAUAGACAUGGUCUGUGAAACUCCGAAAACAAAUGAAAGUAACAAAAGAAAAAUUUGUGCAUUUUGCCCUUACAAGCUGCGAAGAAUGACCCGCUUUUUUUUGUCAAAGUUGUACAAGAGCAAUGUGCGGAGAUCACCGUGCUAA